AUGAAGCUAGCAAAUACCGCAAAAACAUGCCGAUUAAGAGACAAAUUUAGCAAAAUUUGCCAAAGACAAGCCAGAAACUAUGCUGAUCUGUCCACCACACCAUCAAACAUCUUCGACGUGGUUUGUGUUGGAGGGGGGCCCGCAGGAUUAAGUCUAUUAGCAGCUCUACGCUCAAUUCGCGCGACUAAAAAUCUCAAGGUUGCCCUCGUUGAUACAGUGAACCUCGAUAAAACUCGCUCCUUGCUAUCAUCAAGUCCGUUUUCGAAUAGGGUCAGCUCCAUCACCCCAUCAUCUAUGAGAUUCCUAGAUCAAAUUGGGGCAUGGAAUCUUGUGCAAUCAGAUCGGGUACAAGCAUAUCACGAAAUGCAAGUUUGGGAUGGUGUAUCAGAUGCUCGAAUUGAGUUCAAUUGGCAGCCGGCCGAAAAGAUAGACAAUAUCGCAUACAUGACUGAGAACCUAAACCUCACCUCUGCACUACUCACCAGAAUCAAAGAACUUGAGGGCGUUGAGAUUUUUGAUAAUCAGAAAUUGAUUAAAAUUGAUUAUGGGAUGGAGGCUGAACAGGAAGACCUUAGGACAUGGCCUGUGGUGCAUUUGCAAUGCGGAGAGAAACUCGUAGCUAGACUACUUGUGGGUGCCGACGGAGCCAACAGUCACGUCAGAACCUUUGCUGGAAUAGGGAGCAGGGGAUGGGACUACGACAGGGUUGGUGUGGUUGCUACGUUGAAGCUACAAGGGAGCGGAUGGAACCUCAAUGGGUGCAAAACCGCAUACCAACGAUUUUUGCCUACCGGUCCAAUAGCCAUGCUACCCCUCCCUGGAAACUACUCCACCUUAGUUUGGUCUACAACUCCAGAGAGAGCUGAUUGUCUGAAAAGAUUAAAUUCAACAGACUUCAUAGCUAUGAUCAACGCUGCCUUUAGACUCUCGCCAGUUGACAUUUCUUACAUGCAUGGUUUAGAUUCAGGGCAACACGAAGAAUUGGUCUGGAGAUUACAGCAUACCAAAGUUGAGACGAGAAAGAUUCCCCAGGAUGUAGUAGAAGUACAGGAACGAAGUAUAGCUUCUUUUCCUCUAAAGAUGCGGCACGCAGAUACUUAUAUAAGCGAACGUGUGGCGCUCGUAGGCGAUGCAGCACAUUCUAUCCAUCCUCUAGCAGGACUGGGCCUGAAUCAAGGACAGGCUGAUGUGGAAAGUCUGGUUAAAACUAUCAAGAACGCGGUGAUUCACGGAGAAGAUAUUGGUGUAAGCAUGACGUUAGAGCCCUAUAAUGCCGAGCGUUAUGCUGCCAACCAUGUGCUUCUUGGUGUGGUGGACAAGCUCCAUAAGCUAUACAGUGUAGAGUCAGGACCCCUGGUCCCUUUGCGAAGCCUCGGCCUGAGAACAGUAAAUUCGUUUAAGCUGCUAAAGCAGUUUUUCAUGGAGCAAGCGGCUAGAACAGGGACUAAUUUAUUGUGA